UAUAUUCAACCACUCCUGCCAGACGAAUUUUGUACAUAAUGUUGACAAAAGCAGUAUCAUAGUGACCCCCACGAGCAAAGGAACAAAUCGUCGUGGCCGGAAUUUUGAUUUAAGGCUUCGCUGGGAAGAUAUGGGCUAUUACGUGCCUCAGCCGACGAGGAGCCUCCAAAUAUUUCGAUGAUAUGCAGGCUUUUCCCAAAACGGGGACAAGAAACAUAAUUACGCCGCAUUUUUUUUUUUAUUAUCUCAGCCGUUGUCGCAGCUCCUGCUGCACCGGUGCUGCUGUACAACCAGCUGAGUACCUCUGCACACGCGUCUCGUACGCAAGGAGACCCUCCACAAUGGAGCCACUACAAAGUGUGGAUCCCUACGUGGACACCCACAAACGCAACGUAUCGCAAGUUUGCGCAGUGCAGUGCAGCAACACAAAGGCUCAGAUGCACGUAUCACCUACGGCCACAUGCCACGGGGCAUUCGCAAGAAUACCGCCUUCAAGUAUGAGACGAAGGCGGAAGCGCUCGGAGACGCGGACAACUGGACAAGUGAGCUGGAGAAGCCCAUGCGAAGGCGGAGCUUGUCGCCCAAGCACGGCACGACGCCGAACUGCGAAGUCGCCAAGAAGUGUGCCAUCCAAAAACAAGCGGAACGCGCCAGAGCUUUGAGGGGGUUGCAGCAAGAGGCCAGAAUCCUGAUGCGCCUACGCUGCAGAAGGUUGCGUAACGCCAGACUCGGGCGCCGGGCGUUUGCGUACGUCAGGCGCGAUCGCAAAUCAGAACAGCGGAGGAGAUACAUGGAGCGGCGGGUUGCAGAGUGCGACCAGGAGGAUGCUUCAAUGGACGCACAGGCCGUGGCUAUGUUCUCCACGCUAACGAAGGGGCAACACGUCACGCUGCUGGAGUCUCACGAGCAGCCACCCCCGGUGACUGAUGCACCCACGAGCGACAUCAGCGUGGCCGACCCUCCGGAGGUUCUCGCCGCACACGCAGCGGCCGCGGUGUGACCCUCAGCAAACCGGUCCAUGCAUGUUGGCAUGUUUGCGUUCUCGGUGCAUGAAUCAACAGUGUUUUAUCACCCAGUUCAGCUGGCACAAGGCCGCGCUGCGAUGAUAAAAAAUCUCUCUUCGGGGCAGCACGGUCGGUGUUUCCGUCUAAAAAGUAGGUAGAUUCUCUUGCAGACCCCAACAUGCCGGUAACAUGGCUGUUUGUGAUUCUUUCUCUAACCAACGACACCGUUACAGUGCAAUGAAGCUUCGCAUGGAGUUUCGUCGACAUCGCCCAUAAACUGACCUAAUACGGUCGAAAAAUGGUCGAUUUAUGACUUGCCGUCGAUGGGCCAAACUGCGUUGGAGAUAGCCUCUUUUUGCGGGACCCCAAAAAUCUGUCCCAAUAUGUGAUUUCNAUCUCUCUUCGGGGCAGCACGGUCGGUGUUUCCGUCUAAUAAGUAGGUAGCAUGNUCCAUGCAUGUUGGCAUGUUUGCGUUCUCGGUGCAUGAAUCAACAGUGUUCUCCACCCAGUUAAGCUGGCACAAGGUCGCGCUGCGAUGAUAAAAAAAUCUCUCUUCGGGGCAGCACGGUCGGUGUUUCCGUAAAAAGGGCCCGCCGCACAGCGUUUCGUAUUGACCCAAGGGAAAAAAAAAAGGGCCCGCCGCACAGCGUUUCGUAUUGACCCAAGGGCUGCCCACCAUAGUGCCGGUUCGGGCCCCACUGAACCCCACAAUAGUGCCGGUUCAAACACGCACGCACACACAACACACGAGAGACUCACACAACACAGAAGACAGACACAGAGGAGAGGGUACACGUGCUGCUACAGACCCGAACAGCUCUAGUGAGGGCGGGGGUUACAGCUACAGCGGCUGUUUGAUUUCUUGCAUGUCCCGUUCUUGGGUCGUUUUAUUUUUUCAUCUUGUUCUGGUUACAUCGAAGGAGGGUGGUGAGGAGGAGGCAGAUUUCGCUUCCUCCUUCACCAAUAGGUGGUGCCAGCAGGAGCUUCGCAAAAGUGUAACCGCCAAACAUCCAUGGGCUUCAUGAUCAGUGGUUUGCUUUCGCUGUCGAGGAGUGAUGUUGAGGUUGCACGAAAUGGUUUGAUCCGUGUAAGGCCAGUGCCACGGCAUUCUUGCCAACAAAAUAUUGGACACCUAUGAGGUGCAUCCUUUGCGAUAUUCAUGUGAAGGGUUGAAGUCAGGUUGUGCAAGUGUGCAGUACGUGCCCUGAGGUGGGUACAGCAACAAGGUGCAGCAUGUGUGUCCCGUCCAGUUAACUUAUUAAGCAACAUGUGUGUGUUCGAUAGGGCAGUAACC